AUGGUGUCGGAGAUUCAAGUCCUCAUAGUUGGGGCGGGUGCAGUUGGUGGAUUCUACGGAUCCCGGCUACACCGGCCAGAGGAAGGCGUCAAGGUCUCGUUUGUCUGUCGAUCGAACUACGAAGAGGUGAAUGCAGAGGGGAUCGAGAUCGAGAGUCGGACGUUUGGAAAGCACCGGAUUCGGCCUGAGCGGGUGUUCAAGUCGAUCGAGCAUGCCGCCGAGCUCGGCUCGUCAGGAACCGGGGGCCGAUGGGACUACGUGGUGCUGUGCACGAAAGUCUUGCCGGACCGGGUCGAUGAUCCAGCAUUACUCUCGCCUCUCUUGAAAGACCCUGAAGAUGGCCGCCAUCCUCCGACAUUGGUGCUCAUUCAAAACGGGAUAGGCUUCGAGGAUAAGCAUCGUCAGAGACACCCCAAGGUACCCAUCCUCAGUGCUGUCACCGUCGUUAAUGCUGAACAGCUCCAGCCGGGCUUGGUCAGACAUAAUCACUGGACUCGCAUCAGCAUAGGCCCUUAUCUCGAUUUCUCAGCUUAUCUUGAACAUCCUCAUCCUUCGGUCGAUCCUCAACUUGAGCUCCAUUCUCAAUCUCAGUUGGAGCUCUUUGUUAAACUACUUCGGAACGGUCAGAUCAAUGAUGCCGAAGUCUAUGGCGAAAGAGACCUCCAAAUUCUUCGCUGGCAUAAAUUAGCGAUCAAUGCUUCGAUGAACCCGACCUCGAUCCUAUCUGGCGGAAUGCCAUCAUCGGAAAUGGUGAAGGAUGGGGAGCUACGAGAGCACCUAUCAGGAUGCAUGGAAGAGGUAUUCGAAGCGGCGAAGAAGAUCUUUGGGAUCGCGAGUUUCCCGGCGGAGUUUGCAAGCAUCGAGCGGAUCCUGAAGUCGACCGAGAGGGCCGGCGAACGAGCGACGAUCAAGCCCUCGAUGUUGGCCGAUUGGGAACAAGGUCGGCCGCUCGAGAUCCAGGCUAUCCUCGGCCUUCCUAUCCGCAUCGCCGCCAAUGCUGCCAUCAAGCUGCCUCGGAUCCAGUCCAUGUAUGCUUUCUUGACUCAGCUGGAACUCGCUCGCUCUCAAAAGAAAGAGGCCAAUCAACACAGCAGCUAA